AUGAAGCCCUUUUAUCUGACAUCAUUGUGCAAAAGAGUGCGCCUUGACUACAGCUGCCUGCGAAAACUGAACGGCUCUUCGGAGGUAAGGCCCUUUUAUUCAACUUACCAUCCGUUAGCCGCUUGAUGUUGCCAAAGUUCGCAACAUUGGCAUCUCAGCACACAUAGAUAGUGGGAAAACAACCAUAUCAGAGAGGAUUCUGUUCUACACGAAUCGCAUUUCGUCAAUGCACGAGGUACGUCUUCUCGCGGGCACAUUUCGAUUUCCCUCCCUCAAACGUAAACCAUGCCGUUAUCAGCCUUGGCACAGAACCCCUUUUUACGGUAGGGCAAUGAUGAUUCUCUUGAGUAGCAUCAUGUUACGUAUUGUACUUUGACACUCCUGUGGUGUGGUAGCUCUAGAACAUUUUUUGGAAGAGGUGGGAGGGAGGCCAAGGUCACCGCGUGAGACUAACGUUUUGGACCAUUGCGGCCAAGAAAUUAGUUUGUUAGGUAGCUUGUUAUCAUCCCCAGAAACCCGAUCUCUACAUCUUUUGGUUUUUCGAUUGCCGAAUAAUUUUGAAUCCAACCUGCCAUUACACCUGCAUUCAGGGUUUGCAAAUUACAAACUUCGUAGUUUCCGCGUUGGAAAAAUCAUAAAUUUCUAUACGCUAUUAUGAAGAAAUCAUAUGGGGCCUAUUAAAUUUCGCAGUGGAUAUGGGCCACGUUGUAUACUUUAUAAGCAGCAUUACUAAAUAAAAUCAUGCGACACUUUGUGACUGGAUUUUCAGCAAUCUUAAAAAUCUCAUAAUUAUAAAAUUAAAAAAUCGGAAUAUACCCUUUCCUCAGGUAUAAAAUUUGCAGAAAACAUUAUUUGCUGCCAAAUAAGUGCAAGAAGCAACAUUUUUAUGCGCGCUUUCUAUAGAAUAUACUUGCAUUUAUAAGGGGCAUCGAGAGUCAGUGGGAAAAAUUCAUACCACUUAAGAGUGUAGUUUUUGCAGGCCGCCGGCAAGAAGCUUGUUCAAAAGCCGUCACUAUGACGUGGCUGAAAUAUCUCUGGGAUUAUGCUGCCAGUUAUACAGCCUCGCUUAAAUAAUCUUUUCAAAUCAGAAACGCGUUUUAGAAUUUCGCUUAGCGUUUCAUGGGAUAGCACAUCCACUAUACAUUAGCGUGGUACCAGCAAAGUAUAGUCACCAUUUCUACUUGUUUGGUUAAUUUUUGAAGACUUAUUAAAGUCUCGUUUUUUUCCAUGACUUUCACCUUAACCCCCAGAAAUUAAAGGCUGCGGCACAUUUAGUACGGGGUUGCGUAUUUUGCUGUAUCCUACCCUUCUGUUUCAUUCCUGCAUGCGCAUCGACCCAGGCAUCCGCAUAGAAUGCCUGACUUCGUGGUUCAUAAGUUGAGAUAGACCCGUGGUAUCCCGUCCUUCUAGUUUGACUGAUUUUUAGACUGACUCACUUUCAAAACCGGAUGCAACCGCGUCGCAUCGGGUUAGCUAGGGCUCCUUUGGAAAAUCGUACCCCAGUGUUGAUUUCGGCCGGGAGCAUACACACAUUUACAAACUUGGUCUUGUAGGGUACAACAUGUUCUAAAACAUUUGAUCACACCUCAUGGUGCGAGUCGUUCGCUUUUUAGGACGGGAAAUUUCUUUGUUUUAGUAACAUUUGCUCCAUUUAUAUCCCUUCAGUGAUGCAAAAAGAAGUCUGCCCCGUCACCCUACGAAGUUUUGUUCUUUGUUGUAUUAAUUGGCUUAGUGAGCAGGAUUUUCAGGACCUAAUAGUCGCCCGAAAUCUGGCAAACAAUGCUUUUUGAUGCAGCGUUAAUGUGCGCUGGGUUCUCGAGUUUAAAGUGUGCGUUACUCGCAAACAUUGACGAAGUGGCACGACCCUGCGUAUCUACACCAAAAGGAAAUUGGCGUACGUGGUUUCCCGCCCUUCUCCGUUUCGCCUCAUGCUCCAGAGUAUACGCUUGAGUCCAUUUUAUGGAUCCAUAUCAUUUCCUUACAAAUCCAAGAUCAGGUUUGCAAUGAUGCUGACUCACACUCUUUCGCGUUUGUGGCUAGGUUCGUGGAAAGGAUGGUGUUGGCGCUGUCAUGGAUUCCAU